AUGACUGAUUUGACCAAUAAAUUUAAAUCAUACCUCCACAUUAUCCAGGAUAGUGGUUUUACUGCUGAGGAUGGAUCCGAUGGAUUCAAGGGAAAUGAAUCGAGCACUAAUAAAAGUAAGGAAACUGAACGUCUAAGGCUACAGGAUUCGUUCAUUAAGGAAUGUUACGAUCUAUUAAAAUCAUUGACACAAUUGCGUAAGAUUUUAAAAUCUGUAAGGCCAAGCUAUAUGAAUGAAGAUGAAAUGAGUGAAGAAGAAAAGGACGACGUAGAUACUGAAUUGAGACUACAAUUCCAACAGUAUAUUCAAAAAUUUAGAUUAAUGGAAAGAUAUGAAAAUGAAAGGCAGAGGUUGAUUUCAGAGGAAUUUUUAUCCUCAAAGGCAUAUUUGAAAAGUUUCUUUCAGGGAAUUAGUUCUGAAAAGUUGACAUUAUUUCACAAAGCCAACAAUGAAUUUAGAUUGGGAGUGCUCAAAUCUUUGAGCAUGUGGCUCAACAUCUUCUCUAGUGAAUUUUCCUCUAUGCAGCAGGAGAGACUGGAUGCACAGAGGAAAUUUGAAGCUCUUGACUUCAAUUCAGGACUGCAGAAUGUCGUUAGCGUCAGUUCAGUAUCACAGACACCAGUUGUGGAGUCAACCCAAGAAGAAGUUAGACAUUAUGAAGAAACGGUUUCCAAAUUGACACAAGAACAAUUGCAGUUGUUGGAGACUGAACACGAGGAAAUGUUGAAUAAAAAAAAUGAGCAGUUGAAAAAAGCUGAACAGUUGAACAAGACAAUUAUAGAUAUCGUUGGUAUUCAACAUGAAAUUUCAGCACACUUGCAAGAACAAUCUCAAAAUAUUAAUAGCGUAUUGGAUAAUCAAGAAGACGUGGAAAUAAAUAUACGAGAAGGUAAUAAGCAGCUGACGAAGGCAAAGAAAUCGGCUGGCAAAGCCGCUAAGAUGAUGACUUACAUGGCAAUUAUAAUGGGGUUUAUGAUACUUUUCUUGGAUUAUAUAAGUUAA